CGCGCGCACACACACGCUAUUCGUGGCUGGACAGUAGCGCACUCAGCGCACAGAAGAUGGUGGCGGUUACGGUCACGGUGUUGUUGCCCACUGCGCCUGGACAGUCGCGCACACGGGGUUCCACGCGGGUGUCGACGCACACGGAAGGUCAGACGAAUAAAUAAGACAGGUCCGUUUUUCCGUGGACGGGAAGGCUGGACUAUGCUGCAGCCGUAAUCCGUCCCAUUUGUCUCGGGAGUGAAAAGGACAGGUGUAAGGAGGCAUGAAGAUAUUCUCCAUGUGCAUCACAUGAAAAGCAAUUAAAGCGCAGGCUGGACCAAGACGUGAUCCCGUCAGCGUGUGGAGACUCGGCGACGGCGGAGAUUCCGGAGGGUAAAGUCAGGAAAGGACGUGGCUGCGUCCACGGGAGCUGCUGUGAUUAGGCCCUGAGGCGAGGAGCAUGUGUGGAGGACUAGAAGAUUUUUGGGUUUUUUUGACCUGCGCCCUGAAAAUGGAAAGUUGAUCGUAUGUGUUUUUUUUAAUUGUCCACCACAGCAAACAGCUGUUUACAGAGAGAAAACAGUUGAUAUAUUCUCUUGUUUUUUAUUCAUGUAAGCAAAAACAACAAAAAAAAACUCCUUAAAAAAAACCUCACAACUUCCCUUUUGUAUUUUUUACUUUUCUCCUCGGACACCUUUUUUUUUGUCAUGCUGUGCUGAGUUCACAUAUUUUUUCCAAUGAGUGAUUUGACGGUGUGCAGCAGGCAGCUGAGUGGACUUGGACUGGAACACAGCAGACAGAGAGUGAACCUUGCAGUCUCAAGUGUGUCAAAACACAGGGGAACAUAGAGGAAUGCAGGGACUGACGUCAAGAGUGGCAAUAACGAACAACUCAGAAUCUGUGGAAGUUCUGAUAGUGUCUCUCCUGCCACUUCACUGCUAGCUGGAAUUUCUUUCCAUGAAAGCAUUCAUUGCUCUCGUUGCUUUACACUGAUCUAAUACUUUUGCCUUACAUUUUCCAUUCAUGUUCCCUUCAAAGUACUGUUACUUUAAAGGGUUACUAAGACGCCCCUCAGCACAGUGUUUGCAUCUGUGUUGACUGAUAAUCAACAUGGCAUCUCCUCAACAUCAACAACUGCUGCCUCACAACACAGAAGUGAGCUGUGACUCAAGUGGAGAUGGAGGCGUCUCGGUGAGGAUUGGCAGCGGCGUCAAACACAAGCAUGGAGGCGGGCCGCUCGGUUCAAUCGGGGGAGGCUUAAUCGGGGGAUCCAAGCACUGCAAGUACAGCAUCUCGUCGAGCUGCAGCUCUGGUGAGUCUGGAGUCAGGAAGCUAGCAGUCUGGAGCUUUCGCUCACACAGGAAGAUGCCUCAGCUUUUUGAGAGAUCCGCAGGUCAUUUCUGGGACCCAAAGUUUGACUCUUCGAUCCUGGAGGACGCCUGUAGAGAGCGCUGUUUCCCUCAGACCCAGCGGCGCUUCCGCUACGUCCUCUCUUACCUGAUUGCUUCUGGCUGCCUCUGGGGACUGUACUUUGCUGCCAACCCUUCCCGCUGUAACAGGACUAUCUUUCUCCUUCCUACCGCGUCCUUCCUCCUCUUCUGCUUCCUCCUUUUCCUCUUAACUUUUACUAAGCUCUACUCACGCUUCUACAACCAAGCAUCUCUGUUGCUCAUUGUCGUAACCUUCGUCCUCACACUGGCACCCCAGAUCCAGACAUCAGGCUUCAGGGACCAAGACUCUCCCACUGCACUUGACGUACAGGAGCUCAGUGGCAUGGGACCCACAUACAACCUGUCCUAUGACAAGCUUGUUGGAGGGGACACCUGGGCCCCCUGUCUGUCUCCUGUUGGAACGUUCUCCCUCUGUAUGGAGGUUCUUCUUUUAUUGUACAGUGUCCUCCAUGUUCGCCUCUAUGCUUCUGUCCUGCUUGGAUUUUUCUACUCCGUCUUAUUUGAGAGUUUGGGCUGGCUGCACCUAACUCAGGUAGAGGAGAGCUGGAGUAUAACCUCCCUAACAGACUGGGAUACACUAAGUUGGCUGGGCCCCGCCAAAGCCUUGCUCCACCUCUGUGCCCACGCCAUCGGCAUCCACCUGUUCAUCAUGUCGGAGGUGCGGUCACGCAGCACCUUCCUGAAGGUGGGGCAAGCUAUAAUGCAUGGCAAAGAUUUGGAGGUGGAGAAAGCCUUGAAGGAGCGAAUGAUCCACUCGGUCAUGCCCAGAGUCGUGGCUGAUGAGCUGAUGAAGCAGGGUGACGAAGAGAUAGGUGAUAACUCGGUUAAACGAUACUCUACAAGUGGUGCAGCAGCUGUCAUCUCCAGCCCUAAAAACAACAAGCGCAAGAAAACCUCCAUCCCCCGAGGCCAGAUAAUCUUCAGACCCUUCAACAUGAAACGAAUGGAGCCUGUCAGCAUCCUAUUUGCCGACAUUGUGGGCUUCACGAAAAUGUCUGCCAACAAAUCUGCUCACGCUCUCGUGGGGCUUCUGAAUGACUUGUUUGGACGCUUUGACAGACUUUGUGAGCUCACUGGCUGUGAAAAGAUAAGCACUUUAGGAGACUGUUACUACUGUGUGGCUGGUUGUCCUGAGCCGAGACCGGAUCAUGCCUAUUGCUGUGUGGAAAUGGGCCUGGGCAUGAUCCAAGCCAUUGAGCAGUUUUGCCAGGAAAAGAGGGAGAUGGUAAACAUGAGGGUAGGUGUCCACACUGGCACUGUGCUGUGUGGUAUCCUGGGCAUGAAACGCUUCAAGUUUGAUGUGUGGUCAAAUGAUGUCAACCUGGCCAACCUCAUGGAGCAGCUGGGGGUAGCAGGGAAGGUCCACUUAUCACAGGCCACCGCCAACUUCCUGGAUGACCGCUACCUGCAGGAAGAUGGACAGGUCACUGAGAGAAUAGGACAAAGUGUGGUGGCUGACCAGCUUAAAGGCCUGAAGACUUACCUGAUCUCUGGCAGGAAGGUGGAGCCUCACUUGCACUGUAACUGCUCACAGUCGGGCUCUGCAGGACCAGAGCAUGCAGAAGCAUUGUGUCCCACGGCCAGAGUGCACACUCCUGAUGGAGCCCCUCCAGCCUGCACCGUGGUCCCUGACAGCACCAAGUCCCCCUGCCUGCCCUGCAGUGUAUUACCAGUGGAGGAGCAGGUUUUGGAGGAAGAAGCAGUGCUCAAUGGCUGCCAUGACGACCACAAGACCAACAGCAGCAAGGACUUGUCCCAUCUGAAAUGUUCCCCAGUGGUCUCUGCGGGACGCUCGCCCAACGCUCUGAACGGCCUGCUCACUCCUCGGCUGGAGGCCCUGAACAACAGCCAAACGUCCCUGUGUGAGAUGCUGCAGGAGAAGGAGAAGAAGACGUGGAGCGGAGGAGCCAUGGGCAUGGACCACUCGGCGCUUAUCCCUUUACGCUCCAAGAACUUCAGGGAGAGGAGCGACGCCCACUUUGUAGACGUCAUCAAAGAGGACAGCCUUAUGAAGGACUAUUUUUAUAGACCUCCUAUAAACAAGCUGAGCAUCACCUUCCUGGAGAGGAGCCUGGAGUCUGCAUACCGGAUAAGCUUCCAGGAGGAGAGUUUUUCAAACCAGUGUCCUCCCAUGAUCCCCGACAUCCCACCCCUGUUGUCUUCAUAUGUGGAGACUCGAGCAACAGUGCAGACUUUGGCCAGUCCAACGUUCAGUUCUUUCCUGGACAUGUUGCUGUGCUGUUCAGUGUUUCUGGCUCUCUCACUGGCUUGUUUCCUUCAACCACUUGUCACCCAGCAGAGUCUGUCCAUACCAGCACUCUCUCUGACGGCGACAGCCGCCUUACUGGAGUCUCUGGCUCUGCUGUUUUCUAUACGUAUGGCUUUCUACCGCAAUAGCACGCUGAGUUGCACACGGGUGCUGAUGAGGGCGAUCUCUGGCUGGAUCGCUCGUCACUGCGUGGGAGCAGUCCUGGUGUCUGUGCCUGCUGUGGUCGUCUUCUCCCAUGUCACCUGUGACAUGCAUCUGUCCAUCCAGCUCACCAUGUUCAUCUGCUGUGCUGUCAUCAUAGCCAUUAUACAGUAUUGUAACUUCUGCCAGCUCAGCUACUGGAUGCGUUCAUCUCUAGCAACAUUGGUGGGAGUAGGACUACUUGUUUUGCUCUUCUGCUCCCCCUGCAGAGCUGCCAAGAGUCCGUUUUUCUGGUCUAACCUGCAGACCAACAGCAGUAACAGUUCAAGUGUCAUGUCUGACAGUUCAGUAGAGCCUGACCCACACGUCGACCUUCAGGAUCUGCUGGGCCCUGAGGCCUGCGUGGCUUUUUUUCUCCUCUUACUCCUGGUCUGGUUCCUUAACCGUGAAUUUGAGGUUAGCUACCGCCUGCAUUACCAUGGCAACGUGGAGGCUGAUCAACACCGCAUCAAGAUCCAGAAUAUGAGGGACCAGGCCGACUGGCUGCUUCGCAAUAUCAUCCCCAUCCAUGUAGCUGAGCAGCUGAAGGUCACCCAGAGCUACUCCAAGAACCACGACAAUGUCGGCGUCAUAUUUGCCAGCAUCGUAAACUUCAGUGAGUUUUAUGAGGAAAGCUACGAGGGAGGCAAGGAGUGCUACCGUGUGCUCAACGAGCUAAUUGGAGACUUUGAUGAGCUGUUACGUAAGCCCGCCUUCACAAACAUUGAAAAGAUCAAGACCAUUGGAGCGACGUACAUGGCAGCAUCGGGUCUCAAUACGCAGCAGUGUGCGGACGCGGCACAUCCUCACGCUCACCUCCGUGCACUUUUUGAAUUUGCCCUAGAGAUGAUGCACGUCGUCGACGACUUCAACAAGAACAUGCUGGGGUUUGGCUUCAAGCUUCGCAUCGGAUUCAACCAUGGUCCCCUCACAGCAGGGGUCAUUGGCACGACUAAGCUUCUGUAUGACAUCUGGGGCGACACAGUCAACAUCGCCAGUCGCAUGGAUACAACAGGCGUGGAGUGUCGCGUCCAGGUCAGCGAGGAGAGCUACUGUGUGCUCAGUGGCAUGGAGUAUGAGUUUGAUUACCGCGGCACUGUUAAUGUCAAAGGUAAAGGUCAGAUGAAGACCUUCCUUUAUCCUAAGAGCAGUGACAGUGGCCCCGUGCCGCAGUACCAACUCUCAGUCUCACCAGAGAUCCGGGCACAAGUCGAUGGCAGCAUCGGCCGCUCGCCCACCGACGAAAUUGCCAACAUGGUGCCCACAACCGGCAUGACUGCAUGCGUUACCAGCACGAUGGUGCCCAGUGCCAGCUCUGGUUCCUCCACAACCACGGGCCUUAGUCAUGUGAAAGAAGCAGACAACCGUGAAAGACGCCCCUCUGCAGAGAUUUUUCACGGCGGACGAUCUCUGUCUCACAGCGGCCUGACAUCUAUACCUGCAGAUAACAAACAGCUCGUCAUCUCACCCUCAGCCCGGCAAAAUACAGCACACAAGAAGAACCAUCGUGAGGACGACAGCGAUGCCAGAGAGUUGACCAGACUUUAAGUAUUUGCUGCAGUAGAAUGUCUUACCCUUUAAGCUCUUGUUCCUGCCAGUUGGCAUUUUGUAGAAUUGCUUUACUUUUGGUACCGUCAAACUGGCUUCUUCUCUCCAUCAGCCGAGUGGUAAAUUGCUAUUUAGUGUUAAUCGUAUUUGCUGAUGUUAUCACAGGGAGGUGCUGGGUGGCCCACAAUCACAGAGGAACAGAGAGGAAAUGGGAAGGUGUGACAUCAGACACUAAAUAUUGUCUUUUCUGCUACUGAUGCCAACGUCUCCCAAUAACUUACUUGAUUAUCUUAACACCUUUAAUCUCUGUCAGUUCUUUCAUAAGUCUUUUAAGUGCCUUUAGAAUAGAAUAAUGCGUAGCCUAAGCAUUUUUUGAGUAAAGGGAAGAAUAGCAUCAAGGGAAAAUUGUAAAUUAUAAAACUUUUUUUGCGGAAAAAACGCUUCGCUGUUUGUUACAAUUUUACUUUGUAAACUGUGUUUUGCUAUGAUGUUUUGCCUUUCAGCAAAGAGCUCAGAACGCUGACCUUACACAUGGGAAUGGAAUCAGUGUGUGUGGAGUUCACUCACUCAAGAUAUGUAUUAGUAAAAUCUGCACUAAAAUGCAGCAGAGCCCGUUUCAACCCCCCCGAUCUUCGCGAAAGCCCGAAAACUCAUCAUGAAAAGCCAAGUCGAGACCAGUGGAUGCAGGCGAUGAGGCCCAGGCUGUGUGUUGUGUGAGUGUAUUUGCAUGCAUACACUGUGUUUGUGUGUGUGUGUGUGUUUGUACGUCAAGACUGUGCUUGGUUUAUAAUAAGGAGAGGUGCCUAUGAGUUACUUGGCUGACUCAGUGAAGCUGCAGGAUGACAAACACUUCAGGAACGCAGUGGACACCAAAAAACAAUUGCUGACGAGGCAGCUUUUUCCUCCAGCCUUGGUUCAGAUCUUUGUAUUUGCCUCAGUUUGGAGGCACGAUGGUCUCGCGUUCUUGCAACAACAGCAUUGUAGAUGAGGAUAACUUCUUACCAGUGUUUGGGCCCACUCCUGUGAACCCCAAGGUUUGUUUUUCAGUGGUGAUGCGUGGAGUUGAGUGGACCCACCGAUGUACCUGUGGUGUCUCAAAAAGAGAAAACAGCAGCCCAGGUUUGCUGGAUUACACUGUGCGUUAGUUAGUUGAUGGAGCGUUUAGGACAUGGAUAAUCAAAAGUGGAACGUUGCAACACGAAAAACUAAGCGUGUUAUUGUAAUCGUUGUGACUCAAAACUUGAAAUGUUCACGUGAAGCUGAUGUGAAAAUGAAUCUGUUGGACUCACUCUGCUGGCUGCAUUAGCUGCUUCAGUCUCGCUACGGCAUGAAACUUAAUGUGCUCGCACUGAAAAAGAUCAGUGCACCAAAUGUAGUAUUAUUAUUAUUAUUUUUUUUUUACUUCACUGAAUUCAUGUUGUGUUAAAUCAGACUGGUUAAGUUUCACACGUUACAUUUUCUCGCUGAUUUUUUAGCAAAAAGUAUUGUGUGCUCAGAGGCAAAAAAAAAAAAUAAUAAUGACAUCAUCCAGUGACAAGAUUUAUUUUUGACAAUAAAAUAUGAAUAGCACAUUAAGAACCUCAUUUUUUAAAAUGAUUUUGUCUUACUCGUUACAUUAAGUACUAAUGAAUAUUGCAGAAAGAUGUAUUCAACAUUUAAUAUUAGAAUAUUUGAAUUUAUUUGCUGUCUGUGUGAAAUUACGGUAGCUUGUGCCUUUUCACUUUUCAGUGUUGCAUCUAAUUUAGGUUCAUAUCUGCAAACGCUUUAAUUUCUUGAAAAGCCUUUGUUAUGGAGAUGUUUACUGUUGUGCAUAAAGGUAAUAAUAUUUGAGCUGUGCCUUUUCUUACAAUAUAAAAUUGAUGUAAAUGUCCCAAAACAUAUUAUACAUUAGCUGGCCUUAUUGCAGUUUUAUUUUUCUGUGAAUGGCUCGCCAUUUUGUACUAUAUUUAUUUCUCAGAUGGAAUAGCCGUUGUUAUAAAUGCAAUAAUAAGAGCUAAACCUCACUCAUUUGAUAGGGGAAGGGGUUUUUUCGCUUAUGAGCACACAACUCUUGAACCAGUUAAAACUUUGUUUUACUACAGUCAAGGGAUACUUUGAAUUGUUAUUCUUGUUAAUAAAUAAAGGGAUUUUCUUUAUCGACGUUAUUCUACUUGUGAGGAUAAGUGCAUAAGCUACAUUUCUUACGCCUUCUGUUCAAUCUUCUCUUGAUUAGUGUUCUUUAUGGCAAACAGGGACAUUAGGAUAACUCACUUUUUUUUAUUUACUUGUUAUAAAACGGAGCUCACCUGUUGAUUUGGUUGGAUGUUUUCAGAUGAAAGUGACAUUUUCAACCAGAAGAAUGGGACACACUUGGAAAAAUUUGAUGCCAAAGAGUGUCAUUACAAUCUCAUGAAUUUCCCGUGCAUCAUGUCUUAAUUUGAGGGUUGUGGCGCGCUCGUACAGGAAAGGUAAUUUAUAUAUUCACUGUCAAAACACAUUUGCACAAUGCACUCACUUUCUAUGUACAGUAUGCCUUUAUAUUGUAUAGUAUCUGAGCAUUUUCUAUGAUUUAUAUAAGCGCAUGUAUUAGGGUCAUAAAUAGUCUAAAGAACUGGGUCGUUUUAAAAAUGUUGAAAAUAACAUUUCAGUAUUCUGUUAGCCUGCAUGUGUGUAAAGCUGUCCGAGUGUUUGUAAAAGUGUGUGGUUGUGUGUUUUGAAAGGGAUGCCCUAAUCUUAACAGGAAUGUGGCGUAAACAUUUUAGUCGACCUUGUCAUCUCGACAGAUGACAUGCUAGUACAGUAAGGGUUGAAUCAAUAUCGAUCACUCAAACUGGCCAAAUACAAUAGAAUAAAGCACUACAGGAUAUCUGCAGUAGGUGGUAUCUCGCCAGCCUUCUACAGGCAGUUUCAUUGAAAUGUUGCUUUCUCUGGAAAUGUUUUUGUAUAUAGCACGCUAAUAGUUAUGCAGGUAAAAGUUAAAAUGUAAUAAAAUCAGUUGCUGGGAAA